AUUCGUAGUCAUAAAUGGGGUCGCGAAUAGAAAAAUUUUAAGAAACACUGAUCUACUAUAAUUUGUACAGGGUUUACAUUGGAAAUCAACCUGCAGAUUGGUGAAGAUUUUAUCACAUACAUAAUUGCAGAAAAGCAAAAAAUUUAAAAACAAUUAAUGCGAAAAUGCCAAGUAAAUUAGAUGGUUUUUAUCGACGAUUACUUAUUACUAGGUUUUUCGAGAAAGGUUGGGGAAAGCCAGAAAAUUUGCAAAGGAUUUUUGAAUUCCGCAAAGUUAUAUCAAAUAGGAAAACAUGUUUCAAAUUGGUUCCUCCUGAUUAUCCAGUGGAAAUAACAAAGGAAGAAAAGUCAUCGGAUUGCACGAUUCUUGAUGGAAAAUUUUUUUCGCCACUUGAGUUACAUUUACCAGGUCUUAUGCCAAAAGAAUUGCAUGAAGCGCAUUUUCAAGUCAUUUUACCAAACAAGUGGAAAAGUAAGCAUAAACCAAUGUGCCUUCAUUUAGCUGGAACUGGGGAUCAUUAUUUUUGGAGAAGGCGAAAUUUAAUUGCUAAACCAUUACUGCGAGAAGCUAAUAUUGGUGCUAUACUUCUUGAAAACCCCUUUUAUGGAAUCAGAAAACCUGAAGGUCAAAUACGAUCAAAUCUGCAUAAUGUUUCUGAUAUUUUUGUCAUGGGUGGAUGUCUGAUUCUUGAAUCAUUGGUACUUUUGCAUUGGUGUGAAAAAAAUUCUUUUGGGCCAUUAGGAGUAACAGGUCUUUCUAUGGGUGGGCAUAUGGCAAGUUUAGCUGCCACAAAUUGGCCAAAACCUUUAGUUUUAGUUCCCUGUUUAUCCUGGUCCACAGCAUCCUCCGUUUUUACACAGGGUGUCAUGAGUCAAUCGAUCAAUUGGGAUAAAUUGGAAACUCAAUAUUAUUCUGACGGAAACUAUAAAGAAAGACUUUCAAAGAUGGUUCAUGUCGUAGACGAUGCUUUCAUAGCAGGUCAAAAAUUUGUAAAAAAUUUUAAUCGAUCAAUGAAAGAGCUUCGAUCUGAUAUAAUGGAAAUAAAAACUUUAGAAAAACAAUCUAAUCUAAUGUGCAUAUCUCCUGCAGAGCAUAAUGAUCCUAAUAUUAUACAAUUAGACGAAAAAAAUGUUUUGGGUUUAAGUCAAUCAUUGCAUAAUAAGUUAAUGUCAAAGAACCGUUAUGAGUUAAGUAAUACUGAAAUUAAUGAGCUCAAUCAAAAGAUAAAACUGAUUCAGGCAAAAAUACGUCAAAAAAAGCAAAAAAAUGAGUUGCAGAAAUUUUACAAAAAUGACCAAGAACCUGCUGCAGUUUCAAUCUCUCAAAAUAAAGAGCUUCAGAAAAAUGAUUCUUCUUUAACACGUUUGAUGAGCUACAUUUUGCCAACAUCGUCUCAAGACAAGUCAAAGCAUGAACGUAUUGAUACGAAAAAAAUCAAAUGGUGGGAAAGAGAGGCUCUACAAUUCAUGAGAGGUGUAAUGGAUGAGUGUACCCAUUUGAAAAAUUUUUCGGUUCCAUACGAUACAUCUUUGAUUAUUGCUGUUUGUGCUAAAGAUGAUGCUUAUAUCCCUCGGGAUGGAUGUACCAAUCUUGAAGAUAUCUGGCCAGGUGCAGAAGUAAGAUACUUAGACGCUGGUCACGUUUCAGCUUAUGUUUUACACCAAAAGUUAUUUCGGUCAUGCAUAGCAGAAGCUUUUGAACGAGCUAAGAAAAAAGCUGAACAAGAUGACUAUUUUAUGGACUGUGAAAAUUUAAAAUCAGAAAUAACAUUUGCUGAGCUCAAAGCAAAAUAUGAAAAAACAAUCAACAUGUAAUUAUUGCUUUUGUUUUAGUUUAUCUAAAAGUGGUUAAAAGUUUUAUUCAAUAUAGAUAAAAAUAUGUAUAAACAGAAUUUUUUUCUUUUGUGUAUAUAAUUCAUUAUUGUAAAUAAAUUAUUAUUAUAUAGUAAAAUUUUUUAAUAUAAUACGUUAAUUUGAAAUAUUUUAUUCAAAUACUGCAAGAACUAAAGUUUAUUUAAAUUUUAUUGAAGUUUGUAAUUGAAAAUGUUAAUAGAACAAGAAAGUUCGCAAAUGCAAUCUGGAAUAUAUUAUUUUAUUAACGUGAAGGAGGGAUUCGUGUAUCUUAACUGUUGCA